CUCCUAAAGCAGUCGUUGUCGAGCAGAGCUGAAGAAGACGAGCUAUCAGCACUUCGCAACAGAACGGAAGAUGUCCCGAACCAGUCGUUGUCCAACAGAACAGAAGAUGACGGCCUACCAGUACUCCACAACAAGAAUGAGGUUUCAGCAGAUGAUCGUUUUUCGGAUGCGUCUGUAGUUGAAGUCCGAGUAGUACGUGGGAGAGAGACUAGAAAGUCAUCAGCUCAGCAGUCGUCGAAGAGUGUGGCGAACGAGAUGACUGAGCUUCGGAAGAGUGUUGAAGAUUUUUCGGGCCAUCGGUUACUUGGAAGGUCUAAUGGGAAUGCAGUUCGGAGUGGAGUUGAGGGUAGCUCAGGGAGGAGCGACAAUUCAAUAAUGAGUAUUGAAAGAAAUUGUUGUCCUAGCUUCGCAAUUAUGGGCGUCAGUAUUUUCCCUGCAGCAUUUGCACUUGUCGGACUAAUGGUCGCCUACCAUGUCUUUUGA